AUGGUAAAUUUUAGUAGAGCUAUGAUUUUUGUUCCAAUGGUGAUAAUUUUUUGUGGGGCAUGAGGAUUUAUUGCUUAUAGUAAGCAUAUGUUAAAUUCUCUUUUAAGGUUAGAAUUUAUAAUAUUAGGUGUAUUUUGGUUAAUAAGAAGGCAGUUGGCUUUAGUGGCAAGAGAAGUCUACUUUUCUCUGUUUUUUUUAACUCUUGCUGCAUGUGAAGGGGCUUUAGGCCUAACUAUACUGAUUUUAGUAGUACGAAGGCAUGGAAAUGAUAUAUUUUCAAGAUUUAAUUUAUUAGAAUGUUAA